AUGUUAGAGAUAAGCGUUAGAGAUAAUGUUAGAGAUAAGAGUGGCAGACCCACUGUUUCCGACGACAAUCAAUUAAAUGUAUUACUUGAAAUUGAAGAAAAUCUUUAUUUUUCAAUUACAACUUUAUCAACUAACAAUGAGAUCUGUCGUGGUGCUGAUAUGAAACUCCAAAAAAGGCCAAAUUACAUCCACAUAAAAUUAAAAUUGAGGGGUCCGGCAUUAAAAAAUGAACUGAAUGAAGAAAAUAUGUCUGCGAUGAUUUUAAAGAAUGCAGUGAGUAAAGGGCAAGAGUCUGAUAGAAAUAUUACAUACAUGCAAGACAGUGAAGAAAAUAGUGUAAAUUCAAAUGAAAAAAAUCUUUAUGAAGAAGCGUUCACCAUUUUACCAAAAGUUCCGAGAUUAGUAGCAGUGUCAGAAAUUCCAGUGCACAAAUAUGGUCCAAAUAUAAAAUCACCAGGAAUAGAAAUUACCGGAAUCAAAUUUGGGUUAUCAAAAGACUUACCUACAUCAUAUAAACAUAAAUUGUGA